AUGUGCUAUCAGGUGGUCGAACUUUACGCGGUGUGCAAGUGCCUCUACUACCAGCAUGCCGUUGAUCGGUGCGCGGCAUAUGGGCAGCCCGGCCAUCGUCCUCAUAAGAAGGAGGUUUUGGUGGGACACUCUUGCGGCAUUCACGCGGGCCGUAGCGGAUAUUCCUACGGCGCAUCCGACUCUGGCUACUCGUCAAGCCACUCACCCAAGUCCUCCUCCCGUGGCCAUUACCGAUGA